UUGUCGGAGAGCAAAAUCAUGGAGUCUUCCAAGGCCUUCAUGAGGCACCUGCCAAUCACACCUGGCUACAGUGGCUUCAUCCCGUACCUCAGCUGCGAGGGAUCCUCGGCUGAGGACAACAUGUCCCACUGUGUGAAAACCUUCCAGGAGAACACACAGCGCUAUAAGGACCAGCUGGAGGAAUUUCGCUGCUCUGUGGCCGGUGUCCAGAGACUGAAGCCUGUACGCUCGGAGGAGGCCGUGCUGCGGGCUCUGCACCAGUACCAACGGCAGUACCACCCCCUGAGCCUGGAAUGCAAAUACAUAAAGAAACCCCUCCAGGAGCCCCCAAUCCCUGGCUGGUCAGGCUAUGUGCCAAGAGCCAGGGUCACCGAAUUAGGCUGUGCCACACGGUACACUGUCAUGGCCAGAAACUGCUACAGGGACUUUCUGAACAUCACGGAGCAGGCCAAGAGAGCGCGCCUGAAACCGUAUGAGGAAAUAUAUGGACUUAAGUCCACACAACCUCCUCCUGCUCCUUCUCCAAAAGUUUUGCAGCGUGAUGGGCUGCUGCCGAAAUAUCCAGACUUCUCUAUUCCAGACCGUAGCUGUCCUAGCCUUAGAAGACUCCUGAUGGAGGACCCCAAACCUCCGGUGACGUGUGGCUGUGAUCAGAGGCCAAAUAUGUCAUGCAACAGGAAGAUUUAUCUGGAGCCAUUGUCCUCAGCCAAGUAUGCAGAAGGCUAGAAGCGGAGAGCCUCCCAGCGAGAGGUGAACUGCAGGGGGGCUCAAAAGCUCUGGUUCUCACAUGAGAAUCAGCCCCUCACCCACACCCGAACAGG